AUGGCGUUGCCAGCGGGAAUGGGUCUGUCCGCCGCGGCGGCCGCGGCCGGCUACUCCUUCCAGAACUCGCCGUCGGCGCCACAGCAGCAGCGGCAGUUGGCUGUGACCGAUCUGCUGCUCUCUGGCGGGCAGGAGCACUCCGCCAACAAUAGCAGCGCCGCCGCUGAGGAUACCGUCAUUGCUGGAGGAGGAGGCGGAGGAGGAGGCCCGUUGGGUACUUCCCCUACCACCCCGACUGGGGCAAUUCACCUCACGCGCUCUGCCUCUGGGCGUGCUGCUGCGGCUGCUGCUGCCGCCGCCGCUGCUGCUGCAGCCGCUCGGGAUUCAGGACGAGCGAUGAAGCAGCAGGCCAUGCCUCCGCCGCGGCCAAGAGUCAUCUCGGUGACCUCGCCGCCGCCCCCGGUCCCCCCCUCCUCCAUCAUCUCCGCCGUCGCCGACCUGCGGCAAGGGAGGAGCGCGGUGCUCCCCGGGCGGGGGGCGGGGCUGCAGGCGGCGCUGUGCGGAAAGCGGGGGCGCCGAGCGCUGCGGACGUCGGAGGGGCUCAGCGACGAGGUCAAGAAGCGGUUCCCGCGGCAGGCAGAUCAAGCGGCACGCCUAACCGAGGUGGAGGAACAGCUGGACAAGAGGAUCAACAGGGUCCGACGAAAGCUCCUGUACAAGCUGGAACAGCUGGAGUGGCCGUCCAAGUGCCUGCGCACGUGGCUGUCGCUGGAAGUGACGAGCGCGCCGAAGCCGGGGCAGAGAGGGCGGCAGCCACCGCAGCAGCAGCAGCAGCAGUCAAGGCCCGGCGCGGAAUCAGGAAAGCAGGGGAACCGGAGGGGGAAGAUGCCGGCCACCAGCGGAAAGGGAACCGAGGGCACACCGCCGUCGGCGGCAACAGCAGCAGCGGGAGCAGCAGCAGCGGUUGGAGCAAGAAGGGCGGGAGCGGGGACGGAGCAGGAGGCCGCUAGCGUGGCGGCGCCCAAGGCCGGCGCGGGAGAGUCGGCCGCUGCUGUUGCUGCUGCUGCUGCUGGUCCGGGAGACGACGGCAUGAAGGCCGUAGAUGCGGGAGGGGACGGGGGCGACGUGGAGUUGGAAUGGUUCGUGCUAGCCAGGCUCCAGGGAUCGUUGGUGGGCGCCCCCGCCGACGGCGUGGAGAGGCGGUUCACGUCGUUCUUCUCGAGCGUGGCGUUGGAGCUGGACGGGAAGGCGUUCCCGGAUGUUGCGGCUGUGGAGUGGGUGCGGUCAGCGAGGUGCGAGGAGCUCCAUUGCGUCGAGCUGCGGCUGCCCUUGGCCGGGUGCCUGUCGAGGGGGCUGAAGGAGAUCAGCGUCAAGGCGGUGCUGGCAGCGAGAGUGGACGAGGACAGGCCGCGCAGGUUUGUGCCCCCCAAGUCUUGCCCCGUUCGCACGGCCCGCCACCUUGUGCCGUUUGUCGUGUCUGCUCCCCUCAGGCAGGUCCUCCGGCUGACCAAGCGCGUGGACACGAAGCCCGUGCUGAUGGCGGCCGUUUACGAAGCUUUGCGGCUUAAGGGUGCUCUUCCCGGGGGCACAAGAGCAGCAGCAGCAGCAGCAGCAGCGGCAGCGGCAGCAGCGGAUCCAAAUGGUGCCGGAGGUGGGCAAUUCAGUCACGGUGGCGGCGGCGGCGGUGGUGGCGGCGGGACCAUGCUCCACUGCGACCCCGAACUCGCGAGGGUUUUGGGCGCGUCGUCCUUUCCGUUCAGCCAGCUGGAGGAGGCCCUCGGUCCCCACGUAGAACCCGCCGAAUCUCCUUCCUUGGUUGCCACAGUCUCGCUGGAGAAAGGGAACGCGGUGGAGACGUGCGCGGACGUCACCGUUGACACCGAGACCCCCUUUCAGCUCCGGGCGGCGCAGUCUCUUCUCGGCAGCGACGGCGGCAGAGGAGCAGGAGGAAGCGCGGAGGGAGCGCCCCGACAGAACGGCGCAUUGGCCGUCGAGCAAAGGGCGGGUCUGGGAGGGGGGCCGGCGGAGGGGGGAAGGGGGCACACACGGGCGCUUGGGGUGCCUACCGUGGAAGAGAGAGAGGCGGAGCUCCAAAUCGGCCGACAGAUUUCCUACCUUGCGGAGGCCGUGAACGCCUCCGGCAGGAGAGCCGCGAUGCUCCGAGCCCUCUCCGAGGCGCCGUUGGAGGCCUUUCCCCGCCUGGAUGCACAGAUGAGGGCCGACGAGGAGCUCUUGGCGGCGGCUGCGGAUGUGGAGCGGCCUAGGCGAGAAGGGGAAGCGGAGCUUUGGUCGGAUGCUGGCGUGUGCGCCCGAGUGGUGCAAGGGCGGGCGGAGGCGCUGAGGAAGGAACAGAUGCAGCAGGCCCUCGAGGCGGACAUCCGGGUCAGGGCGGAGCAGAACGCCCUCGCGGAGGAGGCGGCAAAGGAGAAGGAGGCGAGGGCGGCGGCGGCGGCGGCGGCGGCCAUGGCCCAGGCCCAGGCGGCCCAGGCGGCGGCGGCGGCGAAGCAGGCGGCCGAGCGGGAGAUGAUUCUCCAGCAGCAGCAGCAGCAGCAGGCGCAGCUGCUGCGCAGGCGAGAGGCCCAGCAGCAGCAACAGCUGCAGGUCGCACUUCCGUCAUGGCCAGGCAGAGGAGGAGGGGGGCAGGCACCGCCCUUGUCCCCGACCCCGUCUCGAGAUGGAGGAGGAAUGUCGUCGGGACAGCUGCAGCAGAUGGCUCUGCCCCCGCUCGAGGACGAGCUCGGGCAAGGUCUCCAGCAGCAGCAGCAUUUGCACGUGCAGCAGCACGUGCAGCAGCACGUGCAGCACCAGCUCGAAGAGAGGGCGGUCGGGAUGUGUUCGGCGGCGGACGAGCGAGACAGACAGCUCGAGCAGACCUUGCUGGAGAAUGACGCGGAAGCGGAUCCUUUGGCGGCGGCACAGCGCCAGCGACAGCAGAGGUCGUCGCUGCUGUCCACCCAUCAGCAGCAGCACCAACAGCAGCAGCACCAACAGCAGCAGCACAGCCGAGAGUACCAGCAGUGGCCCAGCGCCUCCCCUGAAGGCUACGCGCAGCACGGUGACCGAAUACGACGUAGCGAGCAGCAGCAGGAAUACCGGAAUCAACCGCCGGGCGGUUUCCGCAACGACGGUCAGAGAGGGCUCAGGCAACAGGAGUACCUCCAGCAGCCGCCGCCCCCUUCGCAACGGCAAGAGCAGGAGCAACGAGCAGCGAAGCACGGCGUGCCAGAGGAGGCCGAUUGGGCACGAGGGCCCCGAUCGGAGCAGCAGCAUCAAGAGUCGAGCGGCGGAGAGGAAACUCAGCGGAUGCUGGAGCUGCAGCAACAGCAGCAGCAGCGCCGACGGCAGGAGAACGACCCGGACAAUUCUUGCUACGUCGCGUGGCAGAGUCAGGCAGAGCGCCGGCAAAAUGAUGUCGAUCGAAAACGGCCCUAACACAAAGAGAAAAUAUAUAUGUAUAUUUUUGUAUCAUAUGCAGGAGAGAUUGAUGGGCUUCUCUCUAGCACUUAAGAGCACGCCAUGAGUACGCGCUACAGCAGCAACGGCUGGAAUGUCGAUAGCCAGCUGCUGGGUGGCACCAAGGCUGCCUGCAUAGAGAGCGAAAGCAGAGAGGUGGUGGUGGUCUUUUGACUUGCGUCUUUCUUGCUCCGAGGGGUCCUUAGGGACAAUGGAGAGUUGAAUGUCUUCUACGCAACUGUUGUUAUCGUACGGCCUGGUCGCAGCUGGUGCUCAAAAGGCUCGCGGAUGAGUCGGCUACAGAACUGGAGUUGCUGCACAGGGGAAAAUAUCCCGUCCCCCCCCUGCACCGCGACCCCCCGGCGGGGCACACUUCCGAUUGCUACGCGGGUGUGGUGUUCUCUUUAGCAGUACGGUGUUCCUUGCCGUAUCGAUCGGUUCUGUGUGGUCGUUUGUGUGUGUUCUGUACCUGUCCUCGUAGCUAUAGUUAGAUUUGAAGGUGUACGCGGCGAAGAGUUGAUAUAUUCGAAAAAGAUGUCAAAGAACAAUCAACCUUACAGUACGUCGCUGGUCAACCGGACUGUUGACACCGAUAAAAGGAAGUGUUCGACACAGAGUACCGAUGCAGAUGCAUCUGCUGCAUUGCCCCACAAAAAAUUUCCCACACGAUUGCGAGGAUUUUUUUUUGGCCGGUGAAGAUAGUCAAACAUGUCGAUGUGUGGGAGACGGAUCAGGUUGGGGUACAGACAUGGGGACUCGAAUGUAUGUAGUCUAUGUAGGUAACGAUAAGAAUUG